AUGAGCAUCCCAAAAGGGGAUGUGCCUCCGAUGGCUGACUUGUCCAUCGACAAUAUCACCGCAAAGACGAUCCUCAUCAACUCGCAAAAUCCGGACGAGCGACUAACAUAUGUCUUUGAGCGAUUAGUCACCCAUCUUCACGACUUUGCCCGCGAGACGAGGCUGAGUACUCGAGAAUGGAGUGCCGGACUAAAUUUCCUCGUCGAGGUGGGCAAGAUUAGCAGUGAUGUAAGGAAAGAAUUCAUCCUCCUAUCCGACGUCCUCGGUCUCUGCCUCCUCGUCGACGCAUUAGACCACCCGAAACCAGAUAAAGCAACUGAGGGCUCUGUCCUUGGGCCCUUCCACACCCAUGACGCGGUCGUGCAACCUUCGGGCGAACCGAUAUCAGCAGAUCCUAAUGGGGAGCCAUUGCUUGUGUGUUGCACCGCCAAGGAUCGCGAGGGCAACCCCGUCGAGGGCGUCAAGGUCGACGUCUGGGAGACGGACAGCAGCGGUCACUACGAUGUGCAAUACCAACAGAGGUCUAAUCCAGACGGUAGAGCGGUCCUGUUAACGGAUGCAGACGGCAGUUUCUGGUUCAAGGCUAUUCGACCGGUCAGUUACCCUAUUCCGCAUGAUGGGCCUGUUGGGAAGCUGCUCGAGCUACUGCAUCGUCACCCGUGGCGGCCAGCUCACAUGCACUUCAUGUUUGAAAAGCCAGGCUGGGAUCAUCUCAUCACAGCCCUGUACAUCCCACCCGAUCAAUAUCUCAGUUCUGAUGCCGUCUUUGGUGUUAAGACCAGCCUAGUCACCCCACUGGGCAAGCUGACUGCAGAGCAGGCAAGAAAAUACGAUGUGCCUGAAGGCACGGCGCUGCUGACGUAUGAUUUCGUCUUGGUAACAGAGCAAGAGACAGAAGCACUGAGGGAUAAGAAUGCAUUAGAAGCAGUUUCAAAGCUUUUCCCGGGGAGGAAAUGCAAGCUGGUUGAUCACUUGCCAGUCCCUGAUCUGGAUUAG